GAUCCUGAAUGUUGUAGGCUCACUCCUGGAGGACAAAGAUUGAUAGGUAACACUGCGACUGCUUAGCAGAAGCAAGGAACUGCAGAUGUUGGUUAAUGCACAAAAGGACACAGAGUGCUGGAGUAACUCAGCGGGUCAGGCAGCAUCUCUGGAGAAUAUGGAUAGGUGAUGAUUGGGUUAAUUGGCUUGUAAAUUAUCCCUCGUAUGUGUAGGACAGCAUUGGUGUAGGGGAUGAUCGCUGGUGGGCACAGAAUCGGUGGGCUGAAGGGCCUGUUUCCAUGCUGUAUCUCUAAACUAAACUAAAGUGGGAACAGAUGUGACCGUUAACAGUAGGUUAUAAUGGAUCACGUAGUUGAGGCAGGUAUUAUUGCAACGUUUCAGAAACAUUUAGACAGUUGCGUAGGCAGGACAGGUUGAGAGGGAUAUGGGCCUAACGCGGGCAGGUGGGACUAGAGUAGAUGGGGCAAUGUUGGUCAGUGUGAGCAAGUUGGGCUGAAGGGCCUGUUUUUGUGCUGUAUCACUCUGUGACGCAAGGUUCUGUGGCAACUCUGGCACAGUGACACACCACUUGGUUCUUUGUGCUUUAAAAGUUCCGCUCCAACCUGCUGAAGCCUUUAUUGAAUCUGAUAGGAUUGCUACAGAGUGCAGGUUACGGGGUUACACGGUGGCUAAGCUUUGUGGAUAAGUUCAGCCGGCAUUUAAAAACAACGGGAAUGAUCCAUUCUACAUUUCCCUUGAUCUGCAUCCUCUUUGAUGUCUGUCUUGUUUUCACACCUUGCCCUUCCAUGUCUCUUGUUUCUCACUCCCCCGACUCUCAGUCUGAAGAAGGGUCUCAACCCGAAACGUCACCCAUUCCUUCUCUCCAGAGAUGCUGCCUGUCCAGCAUUUUGUGUCUGUAAACCAGCAUCUGCAGUUCCUUCCUACACAUGAACAGUCAGCUGUGCAACAGAGAGAGUGGUCUUCCCCUCCUCCUCCACAGACUGAUACAGCCAUUCACACUCAGAAGAUAAUGUGCAGCCAAGGAUCGCAGUGUGGGUGGGUGAAGGCCUCUUGCCUGGCAGUCUAUAUUCAGUGUUCUCAGAAUCGAAAAAGGGAAGUGUGGCUGAAAGGAAUGAAUUACUGAUGACGCACAAAACUGCAUUCUCUGUUCCCUCUCUGUUCCACCUCCUGAAGUUACCAGCCCACCACCAUAGUAACAUAGACAAUAGGUGCAGGAGUAGGCCAUUCGGCCCUUCGAGCCUGCACCACUAUUCAAUACGAUCAUUGCUGAUCAUCCACAAUCAGUACCCCGUUCCUGCUUUCUUCCCAUAUCCCGUGAUUCCGUUAACCCUAAGAGCUAAAUCUAACUCUUUCUUAAAAACAUUCAGUGAAUCGGCACCAUUGGGUAAAACGAGGAGUGUGGGAAUGGGGAAUAGCUUUACGGUAGGGGUGGCACGGUGGUGCAGUGGUAGAGUUGCUGUCUCACAGGGCCAGAGACCAGGGUUCAAUCCUGACUACGGCUGCUGUCUGUACGGAGUUUGUAUUUUCUCCCCGUGACCUGCGGGGAUUUCUCCGGGAUCUCCGGUUUCCUCCCACACUCCAAAGACGUACAGGUUUGUAAGCUAAUUGAAAAAUUGCUAGCUUGUGUUGGAUAGUGUUAGUGUGCGGGGAUUGUUGGUCUGCUUGGACUCAGUGGGCUGAAGGGCCUGUUUCUGCACUGUAUCUCUAAACUAAACUAAAAUCGUACGGUGUGGCCAGUGAAGGGCUAGGAAUGAGAGGAAUGUGAGCGGGAAUGUUAGAAGGGGCAGAUUAGUAGGUGUGUGUUUACCUCGGGCUGUUGUAAAUACCAAUCUUUUGGCAGGGACUGAAAUUAAUUGGUUAAUGAAUAACGAGAUCACUCAUUGAAGGGAUUGGGGGCUAUGAACCGAGAUUUAAUGGGAGUGCACACAUGUGAUGGGAUUAACAGCCUGCUCUUUACUGGUGAAAUAAAAUCAAGGAGCCUCUCGACUGAAGAAAGUGCCCUGACCUGAAAUGUCAGCUAUCCAUGUGUUAAGAUCAUGAGAGGAAGAGACCGGGUAGAUGCAGAGGCUUUCACCCAGAGUAGGGGAAAUCGAAAACCAGCGGACACAGGUUUAAGGUUUAGGUGCUCAAGACGAAAACAACGAGAAGCCAAGACGUUUCAGUGAAAUAUUCCGGGAGCUGGAUGCAUUUGAAAUUUCCUUUGGAAACUCCACAGUGGACCUGUUCAUGACAGAAGCAGAAGGCAGCUUAACCGUGCCUGAACAAUCUCCUGUGGACGAGAGUCUGGUGAAUGAGGAUUUCUUCCCGGGUUGCCAUGACCACAAAAUGGAGGAGAGAGAUGAGUUCCAAACUUCAGCUGAGGAAGCUGAUGCCAUGCUGAUGAAGUGUGUGGGUGGUGUUGAGUCUGCCCUGCAGUACACCAAGCACUGGACCAAGUACACAAAGGACCUGCUGUUGUGGAUGGACAAGAGGACUUGUGCCGAGAUUGAAUUCUCAAAGAGCAUAAUGAAAAUGGCAGAAACAAGCAAGAACUUGAUUAACCAGGAGAAAUCCAUGCCCUUCCAAUACACCUACACGAUGGCCUUGCAGCAUGACAUCCAACAAGGGAAUAAGUCAAUCAAUACCAUGAGUUUGAUGCAGCAUAAUACAUACAUCCAGCCUCUAAUGAAGAUUAAAAACGAGUUGGAAAAACAACGGCGAGAAUUCAAAGAGCAAUGGCAUAGAGAAUUACGCAGAAUGAAUGACAGCUUAACAGCGCUGCGGAAAUCGAAACACAUGUACUUCCAGCGCAGUGAGGAAUUUGAAAAAGCAAAGCAUCAGAGUGCCAAGGCGGAGGAAGAUCAGUUUUCAUUCAAUAUGGGCGGAAACAAUCCAGGUAGUGCCAGCAAGACUCUGGAGAAACGCAAACGGUCAAAGGAUGAGGCACAGAUGAAGGUUCACGAGACUGAAGUACAUUAUAAGAACUGUGUUCAUGAGGCCAACUUCAGACGCAAUGAACUGGAGAAAACAAAAGUGGAGAUAAUAACGCAGCUACGCAAACUCAUCUGCAGCGGCGACAACAUUCUAAAAGUGGUGUCCAUGAACAUGUUCCGAAUGAAGGAAGAACAGAUGCAAGAGGUGCCACGUUCCAUGCACUCGCUGCAUGAGAAUCUCAAACUAUACGAGCCUGCCCAGAAAUACUAUGAAUUUAUUCAGAACUUGGACAAGAAGCCGCUGUCAACAGAGAGCUAUGAAUUUGAGGAGUUCUCUACCCCCAGCAGAAGGUCCUCUCCCACUGUAAGGAGAAAAAGUAGUGGUCCACAUCGGACAUCAGCUUCCUCCGGCGACUUCCCAAAUAUACCCGAUGAGUUUGACAACAAACUUAUGUUUCAUAAUACAAGUGGAACGAAACUGGGCUCAAGCGAUUCGGAAAGCACAGGAGCGAGUAGCGAGUCCCGAUCCCUUGAUUCACCGAUGUCUAGUCCAGCUAAUUUUGGGAGAAAAUUACAAAAGGCCACAAUGUCAGGGAUGUCGCCAGACGAUUUUGAAGAGAGAGAUGGGAACCAGCUGCAAGAUAAUGAUCUGGCCGACUUGAACGAGACGUUGAGAACACCAGCAACCUUCAAAAAUAUUUUGUUAUCGAAAGCAGCACAGACACACCGAUUUCGGAAGCUCCGAGCCCCAACCAAAUGCCGAGAGUGUGACAGCCUUAUUGUGGUGAAUGGCGCUGAGUGUGAGGAGUGCUACCUGGCCUGUCAUAGAAAAUGCCUGGAGUCCAUUGCCAUCUUGUGUGGCCACCGCAAGCUUCAGACUAGGAUCGCUCUCUUUGGAGUUGACUUUGCCCAUGCACCGAGAGAGACAGCUGAUGAGGUGCCCUUCAUCGUCCGAAACUGCACGGCUGAAAUCGAACGACGGGCUCUGAGUGUACAGGGAAUCUAUCGGAUGAAUGGUUCAAAGAUCCGUAUCGCCAAACUGCGGCAGUCCUUUGAAAAUGGCCGGGACCUCACCGACAUGUCUGAGAACUCGCCUCAUGACAUCACAAACCUCUUAACCCUCUACCUUCGAGAGCUUCCUGAGCCAAUUGUGCUCUUCAGACUCUACGAUGACUUUAUGAAGUUUGCCAAAGAGUUGCAACAGGCCUGUGAUGAGCUGAAGGACAGUCAGUCCAAGGGAAUACCAGUGGCCACUGACAAAGUAUCACAACUGGUGCAGCAGGCCAAGACCUUGUUGCACAACCUUCCAGCUUCCCACUACAACACUCUGGAGCACAUCAUAAGGCAUCUCCACAGAGUGGCGGAACGAUGUGAAGAAAACAAAAUGUCAUCGAAUAACCUGGGAAUAAUCUUUGGCCCCACGCUCAUCAGGCCUCAAGCUCAGGACGAUGCUGUUUCAAUGACAUCCCUGGUGAACUCAGGAUAUCAGGCCCAGGUGGUGGACUUCCUCAUCAUGCAGUCCAAUCACAUGUUUGAGCUCAAACAAGGUCCCAGCUCUUGGACUCCUGCAACGAGGAAUUCCCCAACAGAGCCGGGCGUGAACAGGGCAGGCGAGCCCCUGAGCUCGGCAAAAGGCAGGAGCCAAUCCUCAGAGAGCCUGGUUCUGAAGCGGCAUUCGAGUGAAGGAUACGUGUCAGACAAAUCGUCAUCAAACGAAGCCCUUGAUGACACACUGGACCAGCGUAGGGUUAGUUCUGACAGCGGUGACGUGGCAUGUGUGGCGGAUGAUGCUCGAUCAUUGGACGGACAGGACUCGGAGUGUGAUGGUGGUGGCGGUACUGGCGGCACCGACUCCUCACCGCGAUGUACCUUUAACCGGCAGCCGGGCAAGUACCAGCGCUACGGUCUGGCCAAGACCCGUGCGGUCAUCCCCAGGCCGUCUGCUCUGCCCAUCAUCACGGCCAACAUGCCCGCGACGGUGGAGUGCCCGGAGACGGUGGGAGUGGACAUGGUGCCGUGCGGCACGGACACGAGGGCCAAGACCAGCAGCUCCAGCCGCAGCACCUCGCCAGAAGGCAGCGGCACCCUGCGGCGGACCGGCGUCAAACACAAGCGCUUUGAACUGACGGUGGGCGCGGCACGGCUGGUGUCCAAGCUGCAGGAACGGCGGAGGGCGGAGAGCAUCGAUCCUGCCGUGGGGCCGGUAACUCCUGACGGUGGGCACAGCCUGCCGGGGGACCUCGAAACCGAGCGCACCGCAUCACCAAAUCACCACCCACAGGGGAGCCUGGAAACAGAACGCACCGUGCCACCAAAUCAUGGCCUGCAGGAAAACCUUGAAACAGAGCGCACCGCCCUGUCAAACCGUGACUCACAGGGGAGUCUUGAAACAGAGCCAUCGCCACACAUGUCUGCAGCAAGUGGGGCUGGAGAGCGGGCGGGGAGCCUGGAAACAGAGCGGCAGCAGGAUUACCGCCAGGCGGCGGCGAUGGGCGGCGUGGAGGCCGGGCCGGUGGUGGUAGCGGGCCACAUGGAGGCCGGGCCGGUGGUGGUGGCGGGCCACAUGGAGGCCAGGCCGGUGGUGACCAGCAGCGUGGAGGCCGGGCCAGUGGUGGUGGUAGAACACACGGAUGGAGACCUCAACACCAACCAGUCCAACAAUGUCACCAGCGAGCAGGGAAAGGAGCAGCAUGACGUGGAGAAGAUGCUUCACAUCCUGCGCCAGAGGCAGAGUCUGGAGAACAGGGAGGCUUUCUUUGUGUGAGAGGCAUGAGGCCGGGGUCACUGGCUAACCUCUGACCACUCAACGUUGAGCGGGGGGACUAGGCAGAAGCAACCCAUGUACAUGGAUGGACCUCAACUCAAACAGAACAAUUGUACAUUAUACAAACCUUCUAUACAAAGAGAUUCAAGUAUUCUGUCAUGAAGCAGGUCCUUUACGACCUUUUUUUAUAUAUUGGACCAUUAUCAAUGCCAUAAAGAUUGCUAACCACUUUUUUGGAUUGAUAUCCAAUUAAUUUUGGGCAUUAUUGUCGGGACCUCCACUUGCCCCAUGAAGGACAAUGGACAACUUGGGCUGGGUAACCCCACAACUCUGUUGGAAAGAUAACAUGAUGAAUUAUUCAGACACGUGAGCCAAAAUAAAGAAAAUUAGGCCAUUCAUAUCUGCA